UUCAUUUUCAUUCUUGUUCAUUCGUUUUCAUUCGCUUGGGUUUUCAUUCGUUUUCAUUCACGUCGUUUUCGUGGGUCUGUGAUGUUCAUUUCUGUGUGGGUCUGUGUUUUUUUGUGUGGGUUUUCAUUCUUCUUCUGCUUGAUGGCUUGAUGAUGAGAAUGUCAAUAUAAAAAUACAAAUUUGCAUGAGAUUUGGAAGUCUGUGUAGGUCUGUGUAGGUCACUUUAGCAUGAGAUUUAAUGAAAAGUAAAAAGAUAUAUGGUCAUUUCUGUUUAUGAUAUUUAUUUUGCUGCUAUUUUGAUUAUUUUUUACUUCAUAGAUGAUAUGUAAUGUUUUAAACCAAGCCAUGUUUUGCUGCUAUUUUGCUGCUAUUAUAUCAGAUUUUAUUGUUGAAGCUAAACUCCAAAUAGGCAAGAAAAUUCAAAUAACCAAGCCAUGUUUUAAUGUCAAAGUGUGAUUCAAAAUUCGUUAUGUUGCUGCACAUGAGGGUGUUAGGUAUAAGCAAGUAUAUAGAAGUCACUCAUGUUAACCUUGUGCUUAAUAUAUUCAAGGUAUAUAGAAGUCACUCAAGUUAUAGUGCUUAAUAUAUUCAAGGUUGGCUAAGGAGUGAAAAUAUGGAGUUAGAAUAGUGCUUAAUAUCUCUGCCAUAUAAUAUACUUACUCAAGGUGACCAAGUUUGAUGUAGUUAGAAUAGUAAGGGAAAAUAUGGAGAUGGUCAAGAGGGUUUUGGUAUGAGCCUAAGAUAGCUGAGUAGUGUCUCUCCAAAUACCCUUCAGCUUCACCACAUAGCCUUAUAAGAUGGGAUCUUUUUUCUUGCAAAUACCCUUCAGCUUCGGCUUCAAGAAAACAUACAACUUGGCCAUGGGCAGGGGUCAAUAUUUAUGGCCAAUUGUAUAAACAUACAACUUGUUUUGAUAUUAACUAAGUUGUAUAAACAUAUUUAUAAAAUUAUCAAUGCUUGUGCUGUGCAGGGGUUGCUGUGUUAGGCGGUGAUUGCUGCUCCUGCGUUAGGCGGUGAUUGCUGCUCCUGCGUGUUGCUUGUGCUGUGCAGGGGCUGCUGUUGCUCUUUUUUGGUGUUGUCAUCUUUGUUUGAAGUUAGAAGGUUCAAUCACGGUCUCAUCUACAGGUAUGGACCGUAGUUGGAUGAGAGCUAAUCGAUUAAGUACUGAGUACAGACAUGGAGUGAUGGAAUUUCUACAGUUUGCGGAAAGUAAUGCUGAACUAGAACGUCCUCCUCCUGAAUUUCCUCCACUUUUUCUAUGUCCGUGUAUAAAUUGUGCAAAUAAAGAACCAAAACGUACUAAGAAAGAAAUCAUGAAUCAUCUAAUUUGUGACGGGAUUUGUCAAAAUUAUACACAAUGGAUAUGGCACGGUGAAGUAGUUGCAACGCCAAGUGUGUCCCAUAGAGAAAGUGGUAGUGUGGAUAUCGAUGAUCGACUGGAAGACAUGAUGCGUGAUAUUGGAGAAGAUUCGUUUAAGAGGGCGCAUGUGUAUGAAACUUUAUGCAGUGACAAGGAUGAACCAUUGUAUCCGGGAUGCACAAAUUUUACCCGUUUGUCUGCGGUGUUAAAAUUGUUUAAUUUGAAAGCAAAAAAUGGGUGGACCGACAAAAGUUUCACUGAAUUGCUUGAAUUGUUGAUACAAAUGCUUCCAGAAGGUAAUGUAAUGCCAAAUCGUUAUUACGAGGCGAAAAAAGUAUUGUGUCCAAUGGGUUUGGAGUAUGAAAAGAUACAUGCAUGCCCUAAUGAUUGUAUAUUAUACCGAAAAGAGUUUGUAAACUAUAAUCAUUGUCCGACAUGUAAGGCGUCUCGCUACAAAAAGAAAGAUGGUGAUUCUAGUGAUGAUGAGGUGACCAAAACGGGUCCUCCCGCGAAAGUCGUAUGGUACCUACCAAUAAUUUCAAGGUUCAAGAGAUUGUUUGCUAAUGCAAAUGACGCAAAGAAUCUUAGAUGGCAUGCAGAAGAGAGAAAAUGUGAUGGCCAAAUUCGCCAUGUAGCUGAUUCUUUGCAAUGGAAGAAAAUUGACUCUUUGUUUCCAAAUUUUGGCAAAGAGUCGAGAAACCUUAGACUUGGACUUGCUACUGAUGGAAUGAAUCCGUUUGGUAAUCAAAGUACUAACCAUAGUUCAUGGCCUGUUCUCCUGAUGAUUUACAACCUAUCUCCUUGGUUGUGCAUGAAGCGUAAAUAUAUUAUGUUAUCGAUGAUGAUUUCAGGCCCAAGACAACCAGGAAAUGACAUAGAUGUUUAUCUAAGUCCACUAAUUGAUGAUUUGAAAGUGUUGUGGGAGGAAGGAGUGGAUGUUUUUGAUUCGUAUUCUGGUGAACAGUUCAACAUGCGUGCCAUGUUGUUUUGCACCAUCAACGACUUUCCGGCAUACGGCAAUUUGUCUGGGUAUUCCGUUAAAGGGCAUAAUGCGUGUCCCAUAUGUGAAAAAAAAACAUGUUAUAAGCAACUGAAAAAUGGAAAGAAGACUGUUUAUCUUGGCCACCGAAAAUUUCUAAAUCGUUAUCAUCCAUAUCGUAGAUUGCGAAAAGCUUUUGACGGAGACCAAGAGAAUGGUGUUGCUCCAACGCCCUUAACUGGAGAGGAAGUUUAUGAACGACAACGAGACAUUAAUGUUGUCUUCGGAAAGUGCCAAAAGCCAAAAGGGAGAGUGCCAAAAGCGAAAGUGCCAAAAGCCGAAAGUGAAAGUGUCAAAAGGAAAAAGCAGCCUGUUGUGAAAAGUAUAUGGAAAAAGAGGUCAGUGUUCUUUGAUCUUCCAUAUUGGUCUAGUCUUGAUGUAAGACAUUGUAUUGAUGUGAUGCACGUGGAGAAAAAUGUAUGUGAUAGUGUAAUUGGAACACUUCUCGACAUUAAAGGCAAGACAAAAGAUGGUGCACAUGCUCGUCUUGAUAUGGAUUUGAUGGGUAUACGACAAGAGUUAUUACCACAAAAAAUCAAUGACAAGACAUAUUUGCCUCCCGCGUGUCACACUUUGUCUAAAGACGAGAAAACAAGUUUUUGCAAGUGUUUACAAAGUAUCAAAGUGCCACAUGGUUACUCGUCAAAUGUCAAGAGCCUUGUAUCAAUGAAAGAUCUCAAAGAUAAAUACUUUGUCCAAAGAUAA